CAGUAUGUAUAAAUCUCCCUACCCCUCGCUCUCUUAGGAGUGUCAAUCGGUGUGGUGUCAAUCACAGCGGCGGCUUCCCUUUCAUCUCGAUCCUCCCAGUGACUGCGAGAGAGGGAGCAGAGAGAGAAGAGACAGAGAACGGGAAGGAGAGCUACAUUACUUACGGAGCGGUGCUCCAGUUUGGAAGUCGAUCCACAGGGUAUCGGUUUAUAACGCACUCCUCGAUCUUUUGAUAUAGUUUAUUACUUUUAAUUUAGCCGUUAUUCAGUUCAAGGAUGUAUGUUCAUUUGAAUAGGGAUAGAUACGCAGUAUUGUUUAAGUGGGGAAAAUAAAUAGUGUUCUACUUGUGGCAAACAGGCUGCACGAGAUUCAGAGACGCAUUUUUUUUUUAAAUAUAUUUUUCCUUAAUUUUUUUUUUCACGAAAGGACUGCAACUCUCACAGGACCACAGAACGAGGAAAUAUAAGCAGAAGUUUUUUUCUACAUGCACUUUGACGGUUAGCGGAGUUCCCCGGUGUGUGCCCUCCUCUGCCAAAUCUGUGCCAUCUGACUCGCGUGAUGAGGUUUUGACUUCUGACAUUUUAAAGAGCCGAACAGGCGAGUGCGGCGGGUUGAGCGUGCACUAAACAUCCGCUUUUGCCGAUAACAUCUUCCAUUUUCGGGUAUUUAAAAUCUGAAUCAUUGUAAGAAUCCAUAAUACUUCGAAAAACAACGCCAAAAAAGGCUCUCCUGUUAAUUUAGCCAAAACAAAAAGCGUGCUCGCACGCCGUUUCCUCCAGGGUUCCUAGCGCAACGCUUCAAGUGAAACAUUGUAGCUAGCGGCUUCAAGGAACGUUUUGGGUUUCGUUUUGGGGAUUUCGAUAGUUCCUCCAGUUUGGACAGUGCGAGGACUUUGACUGACUCAAAAUGCCACAACUAGCAGGUGGUGGUGGCGGGGACCCUGAGCUUUGUGCCACGGACGAAAUGAUUCCGUUCAAGGAUGAGGGAGACCAAGAACAAAUAUUCGCAGAACUCAGUCACUCAGAGGAAGACGAGGGAGACUUAGCAGAUAUCAAGUCAUCUUUAGUAAAUGAGUCAGAGACGAGUCCAAACAGCAAUCAUGAUGGAACUAGACAAUCCCAAAUAUCCCAAGACUCAUAUCAUGAAAAACACAGAGACCAUCAGGAUGAUGGGAAACACCUAGACAUGUACAACAAAGGUCAUUCGUACUCUGGAUACCCAGGUUACAUCAUGAUGACUAAUAUGAACAACGACUCCUACAUGAACAACGGCUCCCUGUCGCCGCCCAUGCCCAGAACGUCCAAUAAGGUUCCGGUGGUGCAGCCGUCGCAUGCGGUCCAUCCUCUCACCCCUCUCAUCACGUAUAGCGACGAACACUUCGCCCCGGGACCCCACUCCGGACACCACCCCCAGGACGUCAACCCCAAACAAGGACAGUACCACUCAUCCUGUCUCUCUACAGGCAUGCAGCGCCAUCACCCCGGGCCGGACAUGACCAACUUCUACCCCCUCUCCCCUGGAGGAGUGGGACAGAUCACGCCCCCACUGGGAUGGUUCUCACACCACAUGGUCCCGGGUCCCCCAGGCCCUCACGCCACAGGGAUCCCCCACCCGGCCAUCGUCAACCCCCAGGUCAAACACGAGCCCCAGCACGACAACGACCUGAUGCACAUUUUUGCCAGGAAGCCUCAGCACCAGGACCAGAGGAAGGAGCAGGAGCCCAAGAGACCCCACAUCAAGAAGCCGCUGAACGCCUUCAUGCUGUACAUGAAGGAGAUGAGGGCCAACGUGGUGGCAGAGUGCACGCUCAAGGAGAGCGCCGCCAUCAACCAGAUCCUGGGACGGAGGUGGCAUGCUUUAUCCAGAGAAGAGCAAGCUAAGUAUUACGAAUUAGCCCGCAAGGAACGGCAGCUCCACAUGCAGCUCUACCCAGGCUGGUCUGCCAGAGAUAAUUAUGGAAAGAAGAAGAAGCGGAAGAGGGAGAAGAUCCAGGAACCGGCUGCAGGAGGAAAACUGAACACUUUCUCCACGUCAUGCAAAGCGAAGGCAGCAGCUAUGGGCCUCCUGCUAGAGAUGGAGGCCUGCUAGAUUCCAUGAACCCUCCCCCUCAUCCCCAACCCCCCAAGCCUCAACUCCCGUUCUCAGAGGAAUACCACCCCCCCGAACUUAACUUUACACUCCUCUCCUGCAGUGACUCUCCUAUCUGAUGUAGAGACUCUGAACUGAACAAGACAAUCACUACUAAAGACCAUCAACCAACCGCAUUCAAACACCCCAGCCCCCUCACUCCCCAGUCCCUCACUCCUCACAUCGAACAAAAAGAUGAAUCCAAUGUAUCGUGUUUUUUGGUUUUGUUUUCUUACAAGCAGCUUUAUCUCAAUCCAAGGCACUGCACUGAAAACAGUUCAGCGAUUUCACAUUGUCAAACACACUUAACACCUCCCCACACAUACCCCAACACACAAAACACCAGUUUCUAAGUUAUUUCUAAGUUAUUUGCCACCUCCGUUCCUUUCCUUUGUACAGCCCACUAUGUUCGACCCUCAACACUCCCCUCUCCUCUCUCUCACUGGAUUUCAGACCACAUGUUUGGGUUGCGGCCUGACCCACACCACCUUUUAGACUGACUGCACUAUCACAAGGAAGAUGGAGGGAUGUCAAUCACAGGUUGUCAAGGAAACAUCCUCUCAAGGCUCCUAUCCUCCAUUUUGUUUUUAUUAACGACCAGUUGGUGCAAAAAAGAUCAACGUUUUAUGAUUAUAGCUUUUACUUUUGAGUUGGAAUUAAUGGAAUGCUUUUUUGUAUUUUGAACUUGGUUUAAAUUUCUUGGUGUAUAUUUUCAGUGAUUGUUUAUUUUAUUUUAAUUUUUUUAUAUAUAUAUAUAUACUGGUAUAUAUGAAAAUAAGCUUUGAACACAGGAAAGCCAUUUUUUUUCUUGUUAGAGUCUUGCAGAAAAAUGAAAAUUAAGGCUUCUUUUGAUACUAUUUGUAACAAAUAGUGACCUUGACUCGAGUCUUGCUCAGAUGUAAAAUAAAGCUCAGUAUGUGUACUUUUUAAAGAAACUGUCAGGAUAUGUCACUUUUCUUGGUAUUUUUGCAGGCAACGUUAGGACAAAGGCAAGUGGUUGCUCAGAGGCCUAUAUUUUAUUGUUCUAAACUGACAUAUGAAGCAGAUAUAUAUUUACCCCAGCACUUGGCAGUGUUUUUCUUUUAUUGCUAUCAGGGUUGGGGUCAAUUCAGAAAGUAAACCAAAUUCCAAUUGCAAUUUGACAUUUUCCUCAUUGGAAAGCAUUGAAGAGAAGUUGGAGAAUUUCAGUGUACUUCCUGAAUUGACCCCAAGCCUGAUUACGAUGGACUUUUGUCUCUUCUCUAUCUGGUAGCUAAUAGUGUGGUCUUUUUGCCCAUGUUGUUUAUUCCAUGCAAGCAUUUCUGUAACAUUUGAUUGAUUUUAUGCUCUAUUUUUAGUAUUACUUGAUUCCUUUUUUAUUCAUUGUCGUAUUUUGAAUCACUGUCAUCUUGGUAUAAGCACUUUGCUUCCCAAGUGGUCACAUUAACAGUUUCAACAUGUUUUGUUUUUUUAAAGAAAAAUAAAAAGGCAUUGGCUCA